AUGUCUGCCACACAGCUGCUCAAUCCGAAAGCCGCCAGUUUACGCCGAGGCGAGGCCCUGCGAGUCAACAUCAAUGCGGGCGAAGGCUUACAAGAUGUGCUCAAAUCAAAUCUGGGCCCUUCCGGCACGCUGAAGAUGCUGGUGGACGGGUCCGGUCAGAUCAAACUGACCAAGGACGGGGCGGUGUUGCUGAAAGAAAUGUCCAUCCAAAACCCGACUGCCACCCUGAUCGCCCGCGCGGCCACCGCACAGGACGACAUUACAGGAGACGGAACGACGUCGGUGGUGCUGUUGAUCGGCGAACUGUUGAAGCAGGCAGACAGAUACAUCCAAGAAGGACUUCAUCCGCGCGUGAUCACGGAUGGGUUCGAAAUCGCAAAGAACGAGACGUUGAAAUUCUUGGACCAGUUCAAAAUCACCAGGGAAGUGGAUAGAGAGUUGCUGCUGUCGAUUGCGCGAACGUCACUAUCAACCAAGAUCAACGCCGCCCUCGCCGAACAACUCACCCCUUCCAUAGUCGACGCCGUCCUGGCCAUCUACCACCCGCCCAGCAAACCCGACCUGCACAUGAUUGAGAUCAUGAAACUGCAACACAAGCUCAGUUCCGACACACAGUUGAUCCGUGGUCUAGUCUUGGACCACGGUGCCCGACAUCCCGACAUGCCGAAGCGGGUAGAAAAUGCCUACAUCCUGACCUUGAACGUUUCGCUUGAGUACGAGAAAUCGGAAAUCAAUUCCGGGUUCUACUACAGCAGUGCGGAGCAGCGGGACAAACUGGUGGCCUCGGAGCGACGGUUCGUGGACGAGAAGCUGAAGAAAAUUGUGGCGCUCAAGAACGAGGUCUGCGGCAACGACCCCAAGAAGGGGUUUGUGGUCAUCAACCAGAAAGGCAUCGACCCACUAUCUCUCGACGUCCUGGUGAAGAACGGCAUUUUCGCUCUCCGCCGCGCGAAACGCCGCAACAUGGAACGUCUGCAACUCGUGUGCGGCGGGCAAGCGCAGAACAGCGUGGAUGAUCUCGACCCGUCCGUGCUGGGCUGGGCCGGUCUGGUGUACGAGCACACGUUGGGAGAGGAGAAGUACACCUUCGUUGAAGAAGUCAAGGAUCCAAAAUCCGUCACCCUGUUGAUCAAAGGCCCCAACCAGCACAGCAUCACUCAGGUCACGGACGCGGUGCGAGACGGGCUGCGCAGCGUGUACAACACUAUCGUUGACGGCUGCGUCGUUCCGGGUGCGGGAUCUUUCCAAAUCGCGGCUGCCGCACACCUGUCUUCCGAGGCGGUUCGCAAAUCCGUCAAGGGCAAAGCGAAAUGGGGUGUGGCGGCUUUCGCCGAUGCAUUGCUCGUCAUUCCCAAGACUCUUGCCGCAAACAGCGGCCACGACAUCCAAGACUCUCUGGCCCUACUACAGGACGAAUACGCCGAGGGCAAUAUCGCCGGCUUGGACCUGGUGACCGGGGAACCCAUGGAUCCUGUCCAAGAAGGCAUCUACGACGGCUUCCGGGUCCUACGCAACAGCAUCGCCAGCAGUCAGGGCAUUGCGAGUAACCUGUUACUCUGUGAUGAGUUGCUCAAGGCCCGCCAGAUGGGUCGGCAGCCCGGCCCCGGUGCCAUGGACCAAGAAUAG